UCGGGAGCGCGCGCCGCAGAUCCAAGGACAGAGCGGCGCGCGCGCGCGAGCAUCAGGUCACCUGAAAGUCCUCCGUCAUCGCGAGCCCGAACAGAACCGGGAGAACCGGAGCCGAGCCGGGUUCGGAGCCGAUGGAUCGGCGCUGAAGCAACAGGACGAGGCGGAACCGAGUCCGCGGGUCCGGUUCUGAACACGGACUGACACAAUACCCAACCCAGUCAUCUUUGCUGUCACCGAACCGACCGGCACUAGAACCUCUGAGCCGGAACCGAGCAGGAGCGUGACCCGUCCGAUCCAGACCAGGAGGAGAACCGAGCCAACGGUGGAUCAACAGGAGAGCGACGGAACCAGAACCGGGACCCGGACCUGUAGCUGGAUCAUGGCGGCUCGCAGCGUGCUGCUGCUGGCCGCGCUGCACUGCUGCUCGGUGGCGCUGUGCGGCUGCGAGCCGCGCCAGGUGAACGUGGGCGCCGUGCUGAGCCAGAAGCGCUACGAGCAGGUGUUCAAGGACGCCGUGACGCAGGCCAACGACCUCUACGGCAAGGACAAGUUCAAGAUGAACGCAAUCUCCGUCACGCACAAGCCCAACGCCAUCCAGAUGGCGCUGUCCGUCUGCGAGGACCUCAUCUCCAACCAGGUGUACGCUAUCCUGGUCAGCCAUCCUCCGCAGUCCAACGAUCACCUGACUCCUACGCCCGUCUCUUACACGGCCGGGUUCUACCGGAUCCCGGUGGUCGGCCUGACGACUCGCAUGUCCAUCUACUCCGACAAGAGCAUCCACCUGUCCUUCCUGCGGACGGUGCCGCCGUACUCCCACCAGGCCCAGGUGUGGUUCGACCUGAUGAGGGAGUUCAGGUGGAACCACAUCAUCCUGAUCGUCAGCGACGACCACGAGGGCCGAGCCGCCCAGAAGAAGCUGGAGACGCUCCUGGAGGAGCGGGAGACCAAGACUAAAAACAGGAACUAUGAAAACCUCGACCAACAGAACUUUGACUUCAGGAGAACACCCAAGGCGGAGAAGGUGCUGCUGUUCAGCCAGGACACCAACCUGACGGCGCUGCUGCUGGAGGCCAAGGACCUGGAGGCCCGAGUCAUCAUCCUGUCGGCCAGUGAGGAUGAAGCCAUGGCCGUGUACAAAGCGGCCCGUCAGCUCAACAUGACCGGUUCUGGCUACGUCUGGCUGGUCGGAGAGCGGGAGAUGAGCGGGAAAGCUCUGAGCGAAGCUCCUGAUGGCUUGCUGGGCCUCCAGCUGAUCAACGGGAAGAACGAGUCGGCUCACAUCACGGACGCUGUGGCCGUGGUGGCUCAGUCCCUGCAGGAGCUGUUUGAGAAGGAGAACAUCACGGAGCCGCCGCGGGGCUGCGUGGGGAACACCAACAUCUGGCGGACCGGGCCGCUCUUCAAACGGGUGCUGAUGGCAUCGAAGUACCCGGACGGCCUGACGGGACGAAUCGAGUUUAACGACGAUGGCGACCGCCGCUUCGCCACCUACAGCAUCCUGAACCACCAGAAGGCGGGGCGCGUCAUCCAGGUGGGCGUGUUCAACGGGACACAGGUGGUGAUGAAUCCUCAGAGGAAGAUCAUCUGGCCUGGAGGAGAGACGGAGAAACCAGUGGGAUACCAGAUGUCCACCAGGCUGAAGAUCGUGACGAUCCACCAGGAGCCAUUUGUUUACGUGAAGCCGACGCAGAGCGACGGGACGUGUAAGCAGGAGCACACGGUGAACGGAGUCGUGAUCAAGAAGGUGAUCUGUACCGGACCCAACGGAACCAUCCCAGGUCAGCCCAUCGUUCCUCAGUGUUGCUACGGUUUCUGCAUCGACCUGCUCAUCAAGCUGGCCAUGAGCAUGAACUUCACCUACGAGGUUCACCUGGUGGCCGACGGCAAGUUCGGCACGCAGGAACGGGUGAACAACAGCAACAAGAAGGAGUGGAACGGCAUGAUGGGAGAGCUGCUGGGCGGCCUGGCCGACAUGAUUGUGGCGCCGCUCACCAUCAACAACGAGCGCGCUCAGUACAUCGAGUUCUCCAAGCCCUUCAAGUACCAGGGCCUGACCAUCCUGGUCAAGAAGGAAAUCCCCCGCAGCACUCUGGACUCGUUCAUGCAGCCGUUCCAGAGUACUCUGUGGCUGUUAGUCGGUCUGUCGGUCCAUGUGGUGGCAGUGAUGCUCUACCUACUAGACCGGUUCAGCCCGUUUGGAAGGUUUAAGGUGAACAGUGAAGAAGAAGAAGAAGACGCCCUGACCCUGUCCUCCGCCAUGUGGUUCUCCUGGGGAGUUCUGCUCAACUCUGGGAUCGGAGAAGGCGCCCCGCGGAGCUUCUCCGCCAGGAUCCUGGGCAUGGUGUGGGCGGGGUUUGCUAUGAUCAUCGUGGCGUCGUACACCGCCAACCUGGCGGCCUUCCUGGUGCUGGACCGGCCUGAGGAGCGCAUCACUGGCAUCAACGACCCCAGGCUGCGUAACCCGUCAGAUAAGUUCAUCUACGCCACGGUGAAGCAGAGCUCGGUGGACAUCUACUUCCGGCGGCAGGUGGAGCUGAGCACCAUGUACCGCCACAUGGAGAAGCACAACUACGAGAGCGCCGCCGAGGCCAUCCAGGCAGUCCGAGACAACAAGCUCCACGCCUUCAUCUGGGACAGCGCCGUGCUGGAGUUCGAGGCGUCGCAGAAAUGCGACCUGGUGACGACGGGGGAACUGUUCUUCCGCUCCGGCUUCGGCAUCGGCAUGAGGAAGGACAGUCCCUGGAAGCAGAACGUCUCUCUGGCUAUUCUCAGCUCGCACGAGAACGGCUUCAUGGAGGAUCUGGACAAGACGUGGGUUCGCUACCAGGAGUGCGACUCCAGGAGCAACGCCCCCGCCACACUCACCUUUGAGAACAUGGCAGGUGUGUUCAUGCUGGUGGCUGGCGGCAUCGUCGCUGGGAUCUUCCUCAUCUUCAUCGAGAUCGCCUACAAGCGGCACAAAGACGCGCGCAGGAAACAGAUGCAGCUGGCCUUCGCCGCCGUCAACGUGUGGAGGAAGAACCUGCAGCCGUACCCAACGGACAUCACCGGUCAGCUCAACCUAUCGGAUCCCUCCGUCAGCACGGUGGUCUGAGAGAGAGAGGCGCAGAGGGCGAGCAAGCUGCACUGCUGCUGCUGAGCCACACACAAACACACACACACCUUAUGUCUUUCUAUCUUCACGAGGACUUUGUAUUAACUUCCAUUAAUUUAUCAUGCAUUUCUGUAGCCUGACCCAAACCUUAAGACAGCACUGCUCCUCAUGGAGUCCCGGGCUUUGGGCCCCAUGAGGAGCAGUGGGUCCUCACAAUGUAGGGAAAAUGGUCCUUACAAGGUGAGAAGUCCUGAAACACACACACACAUAUGCUCACACAUGUUGGUGUGGGGACAUUUUGGAAAAUGUCCCCACACCAACAUGUGUCCCCAUAAGGACAGGUUACCCUACGGUCCUCACAGUCAUAGCAAUGCACACACACAUCCCCACACACACCCACGCACACACAUGCUCACACACACACUCACGCAUUGCUCCACUUGUAGCCACCAGCGUCCUGCAACCACUCUUUUAUUUUGAAAUAAGUUGUACAGUUCUGUUUCCUGUUUCCUCUCACACACAUAUCAAACGUGCCGACCAGUUCUAGAACCAGCUUAGAGUGGUUUUAAUGGUUAUAGCUCAUCAAUCCAUCAAUGCUGGUUCCUUUAAAUGUCAACAAACACUUCCCUGCUGUGACCAAUCAAAUUCCUGGGCUUUGCUAAGUGGGUGGAGCCUCUGAAGAAGGAAGGAAGCAGCUGUUUCCUCUCCAGUCAGCCUGCAGCGCCACCUUCUGGUCUGGGAGCGCGUUGCUCAGCAUUCAGGAAUAAUUCAUCGUUAACUGAGAUAAAAAUAAUAUUUAUCCCUCAAACUGCAGCGUCUGGCUGUCGGUUAAAUUCAGGUCACCGAUGUUUACAGUUCAGAGCUGCACUGAAGGAAAUCACACAAAAUUACAUUUCUGCUUCUUUAAUGUUGAAAAUUCCCAGAUUUUGGGCGUGCCGUGGUGGCGCAGGGGACAGCGCGGCCCAUGUUUGGAGGCCUUGAGUCUUCGAUGCGGCCGUCGUAGGUUUGAUUCCCGGACCCGGCGACCUUUACCGCGUGUCUUCCCCCCAUUUCCUGUCAGCUUACUGUCCUAUAAGGGCCACUAGAGCCACAAAAGACCCCUGGAGGGGUAAAAAAAAUUCCCAGAUUUUUCACAAUGCAGCAGCUUCAUGAUGUUAGAAGCUGUGGCGGUGGAUCCAGUGGAUCCAGUGGAACCAGGAAGUUUCUGGAUCAGAACUCCAAAUAGAACCAAUAAAAGAGAGAAUUGAUUUGGAAAGUUGUUGGUUAAAUAUUUGAAUUAAAAAUGAAGCCAGUAAUCGACUGAAUUAUUAGUUACUAAUGUUAAUCUUUAAUAAUAAAUAAAACUCAUGCGGUUCUGACCCACAAGUUCAACAUAAAUUUCUUAAAAUCAAAUUAAGAAAAAUAACAAUGAUUUACAUGAAUCAUCUUUAGAUAAAACUUUAAUAAUCAAACAGAAAAAUAAUUUCCUGUAGAUUUUGCCUCCAGCUGUUUCCUCAUUUUAUUGUUUUCAAAUCAUUUUUCAGCAUCUUAUUUUAUUUGACAUGAUUAAUUUUAUUAUUAUAUAAAUGUUGAACUUUUUAAUCCAGAAUUUUUAGCUCAGUUUUAUUUGUAGACAAUGUUAUUGACCUAAAUCCCCAAUUAAUAAUUCUGAAUUCCCCUGUAGCAACAGCGCCCUCUGCUGGCUGGAGUCCGAACAGCCGCCUGAAGAUAAACAGCAGAGCUGCAGGAGUUUAUUCACUUGAACUCUGUUCAGGUUAUUUCAGAUAACUGUUAACAGUUUUAUGAUUAAAUCAGAUAAGUUUAACUUUAGAAAAUAAUUGAAGAAAUUUGUGUAUUUAACAACAUCUUGUUCUGUUUCCAAAAAACGUCUGGAUAACUUUGUGUUUUUCAGUUUUUUAACUCAUAAUAAUGGAAUUUAAACAUAGAUGCUGAUUUAGUGCCAUCUUGCGGUUCUGAUCUUUAUUAAAUUCAAACAAAUUUAAAUAAAAACGAUAAUUUUGCUGCUUUUGACCUGAAAUCAUGAGGAUCAGCUGGAGUCCUCCCUGAAUGGAAACUUCCCACCCAACAUGGCCGCCUGCUUUCUUUUUCUUUUCUAUCUCAUUAAAUCCACACACCAGCCGAGAACUCGACCAGAACCGAGCCCAGCAGAACCGGGUCGUGUUGGACCCAAUGCCAAUGCAGAUCCAAUGGGCUCUUUGCACCUGCCGCGCCGACGUCACAACCGCAUGCGCAAAUGUUUCCGCUCUGUUUCCGCUUUGAGUUACCAUGACAGCUAGAAAAGACAAAGU